AUGGCCGUGGAAAUCAUCGAUCCGAAACUCGACCCCGAAAAGCAAGCCCAGGGAACCGUUGUGCAUCUUGAGAAUGCCUUGGCAUCUCUCAACAUCGAUCCCCAGGAUGCAGACGAGGCAUUUGAAUUUCUCAAAGGACAUCCUGAUGCCGACGCUGUUACACAGGAAGCCAUCGAUAUUCUGGCCGACGACAAGAAGCGCAAACAGUUGCUUCGAAAGAUCGACUGGGCUAUUUUACCAUGUAUGAUAGUGACAUACUUUCUUCAGUUUUUGGACAAGACCACCAUUGGGUAUACUGCCGUUAUGGGUUUGCGCGAGGAUACCCAUUUGAAAGGUCAAGAAUAUUCCAAUGUUGCAAUGAUUUUCUACAUCGGUUAUCUGGCCGCGGAGUUUCCAACGCAGUAUCUAUCCCAGCACAUCUCACGACUCGGCAAGUAUCUUGGUGCCAACAUCAUGCUCUGGGGCGCGGUUCUUGCUGCUCAUGCUGCCUGUCGAAAUUACACUGGCUUGAUGAUUUGUCGGGGUAUCCUUGGAGUGUUCGAGAGUUGUGUCACGCCCACUUUGGUCCUGGUCGUCGCAAUGUGGUACAAGAAGUCGGAACAAGGCCGGAGGAUCUCUUACGUCUACGUUUGUAACAGUCUCACCUCCAUCUUUGCCGGUCUCGUAUCCUAUGGUAUCUCAUUUUCGAAAAACUCCAAUUUUGCCAGCUGGCGCAUCUUUUUACUGACCAUCGGUCUGGUCACCGUCGUUGCUGGCUUUUUUGUUUUUCUUUAUCUUCCCGAUUCUCCCGUCAAGGCUCGAAAAUUUACGGAUGCCGAGAAAGUGGCAACUCUACUCCGGGUCAAGGACAAUCAAUCAGGGACCCAAAACGCCAAAAUCAAAACGGAUCACCUUCGAUUGGUCUUCAAGGACCCUGGCGUGUGGCUUGUGGCCGUUAGUGUCGUAAUGCUGAGCGUUGGAACCGCCAUUCCAAACUUUGCUAGUAUUUUGUUGACCACAUUUGGUUAUACUCCGCAACAAGCUCUGAUCCUCAACAUCCCCGGCGGAGUUGUCGGCGCUGUUUCAAUUAUUAUCACAGGAUAUCUCAGUGACCGAUGGAAUGAUCGAAGCUUGGUCAUGAUCAUCAGUAUUCUUCCGACAAUCGUCGCUUUCGCCAUGAUGAUUGGACUUGAUCCCGGUGGUGUUCCCAAGAGCAAAGGAGCUCUGUUGUUUGCAUUAUACAUGUCAAACUCAUUUACCGCGGCUUUCAUGCUUCUUCUGGUUUGGAACGCUAGCAAUCUCGGCGGUCAUACCAAGAAGGUCACGGUCAACGCAUUGACUCUAAUGCUCUACUGCGCCGGAAACAUUGCCGGAACUGAAAGCUUUCGAUCCGCAGAGGCUCCGGGUUAUAUCAGCGGAAAAGCAGCCAUCAUGUCUACUUUAUCUGCUCAAGUUUUUGUCUGUCUGGCUCUGAGAUGGCGAAAUGAUCGUCUCAACAAAAAGAACCGCGAGAAACUUGCGGCCAUGACGGAAGAUGAGAAGGAGGUUUUGCGACAACAAUUGGCUUAUGCCGACAAGACCGACCGGGAGAAUCCGUUCUUCGUCUACACUCACUAG